AUGUCCGAUCAUCCUCACAUCCUUGUCUUCCCAUUCCCCGCGCAGGGUCACAUGCUUCCCCUUCUAGAUCUCACCGACCACCUCUCCCGCCGUGGCCUACGAAUCACGAUUCUUGUCACCCCUAAGAAUCUCGAAAUCUUAAACCCCCUCCUCUCCUCCAACCCCUCAAUCGAAACCCUAAUUCUCCCCUUCCCAUCAAAUUCCCACCCACCCAUCCCCCCGGGGGUCGAAAACGUCCGCGAAAUCGGCAACCAUGGCAACAUCCCCAUCAUGUCUGCUCUAAAAGGACUCCAAGACCCCAUAAUUCAGUGGUUCAGGUCUCACCACAACCCUCCCAUGGCGAUCCUCUCUGAUUUUUUCCUCGGAUGGACUCAUAACCUGGCAGCCCAGAUGGGGAUUCCAAGGAUUGUUUUCUACUCCUCCGGAGCACUCCUGACCGCAGUUUUCGACUCUCUCUGGUCACUUCCAAACCCUAAAAUGGCCGUCCCCGGGACUGAGAUUAAGUUCUCCGAUCUGCCGAGGUCGCCGGCGUUCAAUUGGCAGCAGCUACCUUCCCUGUACAAAAGGUACAGAGCAUUAGGGCCAAGUGACCCAAGUCAUGAAGUGAUCACCACUUUGAUGUGUGGCAACACUUCGAGCUGGGCUUCAGUUUUCAACUCAUUCCAUGACUUAGAGAACGAGUUCUUGCAGCACUUGAUCAGAAAAUCAGGCCACGCAAGGAUGUACUGCGUAGGCCCACUGAACAUGGGAGGUUUGAGGGCGAGGGAAGAAACCUACACAGAUAAAGAAGAAGUGAUCCCAUGGCUGGACCAGUGGAAGAACAAGAACAAGAACGAUGAUAACUGUGUUCUCUACGUCUGUUUUGGGAGCCAGAAGUUGCUCAAAAAGUCCCAAAUGGAGGCACUAGCCACAGCACUCGAUAUGAGCCAUGUUAGGUUCGUUUGGGCAUUCAAACCACCGACUGCCCAGCAACUGUCCGAAGGGUAUGGGACAGUCCCAGAAGGGUUCAAGAACCGGGUUCAGGGUAGGGGGGUGGUUGUGGAGGGGUGGGUCCCACAGGCGGCGAUCCUGAGCCACCCUGCAGUGGGGGGGUUCUUGAGUCACUGUGGAUGGAACUCGGUUUUGGAGGCGAUAGUUGCAGGGGUGAUGAUUCUGGGUUGGCCUAUGGAGGCAGACCAGUUUGUGAAUGCUAAGCUGUUGGUGGAAUAUAAGAGGGCUGCUGUGGUUGUGUUUGAGGGUGAUGAAGAAGUGCCCGAUCCUGCAGAGUUGGCUCGGAAGAUCUCGGAGACGAUGGAGGGGGGUGGUGUGGAGAGGGUUGGGGUGAAGGAGCUGAGAGAUAUGGCCAUGGCAGCCACCAUGGGUGGUGGAUCUUCUGACACAGAUUUGGAUAGGCUUGUUCAAGAAAUUGAACAUCUUAAAAAGAAGUAGCAAGUAUUUGAAGAAAGUGAGGAAUGAUGUAAUAUAAACACUCUUUAUUUUAUUUGAAAAAAAAAAAAAUUAUAGUAUAUUAUAAAUACAUAAAUUAAUAAACAAA